AUGCAGGCGCAAACUCCUGAGCAACGGCGCCGCAACGCCAAGUUCGCCAAGGAGCAGGAGAACCGCAUGGGCAUGUCGGAGGACCAGAUUAAGAAGAUUGUUAAGGAGACACCCAAGUCGCCCAUCUCCAUGUUCUGGCUUGUCCUCCUCGGCUUCGUCGUUUUUGGUGCCCUCUUCUUCGACGCAAUAUCUCGCAUGUUUGCUGGCUCGUAA